CAUAUACACCCGUGCAUGCGUGUUAAUGCAAACUCCAAACUCGCAUUGUAAAUAAACAAUAUACUAUGAGCAACUGAAGUAACAAAAUGUGAAAAUAACGUAUAACUGUAUUAACAAUGGAAAACGAUUGUUCAGCGAUCGUUUAUGUUGCGAACGAAGACAAGGAAUUAUCUCUUACAAUUACUUAUGGACAAACAAUUGAAGACCUUUGUAUUAAGGCCUGUAAAUCUCUUGAUAUAGGUCCAGUAGCCAGGCAUCUUUUUACUCUUAGAGAUCAUUAUACGAAACUUUGGUAUCCAUCAGCAUACCCCCUGGAAAUGAAAGAUAAAAACAAAUAUGACUUUCGGUUAAGAUUUAAACCUUCAAGCUUACACAGACUAAAGCAGGUUGACAUAAAAGCCUACGAUUAUUAUUUUCAACAGGCACGUUCAGAUGUUAUGGAUAGUAACGUACCAGACAUUGUUUAUGAAAGACAUAAACAAGAAUUAAUUGGUCUUGGUGUUAGUGAUAUGUAUAGAGUGAUGUUAGAAAAAAAAAUAUCAAGAGAAACAGUGCAAGCGGAAUACAGAAAAUAUAUUCCUAAAGAAUGUAUAAAGCGUCAUGCAUUUUUUAUUAAAAAACCAAUUCAGAAUGCACUUCGUAAAAUAUCUGGAUAUGAUGCAAAUUAUGUUAAAGAACAGUAUUUGAAACAAUUUGAAUGUAUGGCACCAAAUUACCCAUAUGAAGAAUAUGAAGCUUUAAUGGAUAGAGGUCUUCAAGAUCCUCCAGCAAAAAUUACUUUAAGGGUCAAUUUUAAUGAAGUAAAAUAUUGUGAAACAAUUACUAAUCCAUGGAUUACAUUAUGUGCAAUCGAAGAUUUAUGUUUUGUUUCUAUAAGACAAGAUAACACAGUGGAAAUAUCAAGAAAGAAUGGUAUACCUUCAUACUUAAUAUUUUUGAACAAUGCAAUUUUAGUGUCCUUUGUUUCUGCUCUGGAUGGUUACUAUCGCCUAGCAGUUAAAUGGACAUUUAAUUUAUGUGGAGAAAUUGUCACUCCUUCUUUAGAAAGGUUACAUAAAUUAAAAUGUCAUGGUCCAGUUGGGCAAGAAUUUUCAUAUAUGAAACUCCAACAAAAGCGUGCUAAUAAACCAGGUUCUUAUAUACUUAGAGAGAGUGAAACAGAGUACAAUGUAUAUUAUUUAGAUGCAUGCAAUAAGGAAGGAAAAUUAUUUUCAAAGAGAAUAGAAGAAAGGAUUGAAUCAGAUGAUUUCACUAUUACUGGUGUUUCUAGUCGAUACAAUACAUUGGCACAAUGUGUCUCAUCUUUCCAAGAUUCCGAAGGACAGCCAUAUCUUUCAGAAUGUUUACCGCCAUCAGAAUAUGAUAAAUCAUCAUUAUUACUUUGUGCUCCUGAAAGUGCAGUUAGUGAAGUUGCAGCUGAUGAACAAAUAGUUGCUUCAGUUUUAGAAACUGGACCUCGUUGUGUACCUCAAAAUCAGUUAGAAAUUUACAAACCUUUUUUAAGAACUACUAGGAUUCAACAAUAUUCACCAACAGCUCUUUAUAGAGCAAUUUGGAGAUUAACUAAAGGAAAAAAAUUAGAAGUUGCUCUGAAAAUUUUAAAACAAGAAGAAGAAAUACAUUUUACAAAAGAAUUUUUGGAACUUGCUGGAAAAUGGUCCCUAUUGCGUUCAAACGCUGUUGUAAGAUUAUAUGGUUUAACAGUAACACCAUCCAUUGGGAUGCUUCUGGAAUUGGUACGACAUGGCUCUCUUGAUGAAUAUUUACGUAGUUCUUCUUCUCAAACUAUCAAAACUGUAGAUAUGGUAGAAGCAACAGCUUGUUUAGCCACUGCUCUUUGGCAUCUUGAAGAGAAUGGUGUAGUUCAUGGUAACAUUAGAUGCAAUAAACUGCUAGUACAUGCCCAUACUAAUAAUAGUUUUGUCGUAAAACUUGCCGAUCCGGGGAUAUUUGUAUAUAAAGAAACAGAUAUUCACUGGUUACCUCCAGAAACUUAUAAUGAUCCAGAAUUGGCUAGACAUAGUUUUCAGGCAGAUGUUUGGGCUGUUGGAACAACAAUUUGGCAAAUAUUUGCUAGGGGAGCCACAUUACAAGAAUUCCGAAAUACUGCUAUUAUGAAGAAAUAUUAUGAAUCUGGAAAACGUUUACCUAUUCCAAAUGGUUGUCCUAUGGACGUAUAUAGGUUGAUGCUUGAAUGUUGGGGAGAUUCAAGUGGUUCUAGAAAACAACCUCAAGCAAUUAUGAGAGACAUUAAUCAAAUUCUGUAUCAAGUAUACAAUUCUCGCAGAAGUCAUACGUACGCAACAGCUUUUCCUAAAACACUUACUCCUGAAUUGAAAAAAUUUGAGCAAGAUAACUCUGACUCCAGCGAUAAUAGGUCAAUAAAUAGUGAAUCAAGAAGUAGUAGUCUUUCUACAGACAAUACAAGUCUUCAAUGGAAUGGCACUGAUGAUAGCAUACAAAGUUUAAUUAACACCAAUGAUAAUUAUAUAGGCAGUACAGAAGACCUCUCUGCAUAUUUAGGUUGGUUAUCUAAUGCAAGAAGAGAUUCAGAAGGGUGUUCAAUUUCUCAAAAUAACAUUCCUAACAUGAACUGUAUUGAACACUCCACUCAAGCUCUACGAAUAGGACACCCUGGUGAUUUAGGCGAGGUAAUGGGAAGAAGUGAACCUGGAACAGAAGAAGAUUGUGGAUCUGGAAGAAGUAGCAAUGGUUCUUUAGGUCAAAUGCGAGGCAUUUAUGAAUUAGAUAUCGAUUGUAAUAUAAUUCUGCAAGGCAGAAUCGGUCAAGGUUUUUAUGGGGAAGUUUAUAGAGGUACUUUGGAAAGAGAAAAUGGGAAAGAUAUUGAACCACAACAAGUUGCUAUAAAAAAAUUGAAAACAAGAGCACUUGAAGCAGAUAUAAGAGACUUUGAAAGAGAGAUUGCUAUAAUGAAGACCUUGAAACAUCCAAAUGUAGUGGAAAUUCUCGGUGUAAUAUCAGAACCUGAAGUUUGUUUGGUAAUGGAAUAUGUAAAACAUGGUUCAUUGCAAAGUUAUCUAACAAUUCACAAACAAGAAUUGACUCAUAAAAGACUAUUAGGGUUUGCUUUAGAUAUUGCAACAGGAAUGGAUUAUUUAGGUAGUAUGAGUAUUGUUCAUAGAGAUCUUGCUGCAAGAAACAUUUUAGUUGCAGAUGAAAAUAAAGUUAAAAUCAGUGAUUUUGGAUUAGCUCAAGUUACUGGAAAAAAUGAUUACUACAUUUUACAAACUGAUCGAGGCCUUCCAAUUAAAUGGUAUGCUCCAGAAAGUAUUAGAGAUGGAAAAUUUUCUACUCGAUCAGAUGUAUGGUCAUUUGGUGUGACAAUGUAUGAAACAUUUGGCUUUGGAGAAGAACCACGUUUACCCGGCCUUGAUUCAAGUAUAGACCGUCUUCAAAAUGAACAAGAAAAAGGAAGUACUGAAUUGUUGGCUGCAUUAGAAAGAGGUACUCGUCUUCCUUGUCCAUCUACUUGUCCACAAGCAAUUUAUGUAAAACUCAUGUAUCCUUGCUGGCAUUUACAAAGCCAUCAGAGACCAGAUUUUGCAACUCUUUGCAAGGAUAUUAAAGAUCUUCUUGCUCAAUACUAAAAAGCAAAGA